UGGGUUUUUAUGGAUCUGAGGGGAAUUUCUUGUUUUUUUGUUUUAAUUUGGGAUGUGUGCCAUUUUGUAAAGCACUUUGCGCUGUACCUGCCGUAUGAAAAGCGUUGUAUAAAUAAAGCUUUAUUGUUUUUAUACACAUUUCAGAUAUAUUCCCAAUAUUAGUAUUAUCUCUGCUGUUUCUCAGACCAUUGUCAGCAAGAGAUAGACAAUGUGUUGGGAGGGAAGGAUCAGGCCAGUUUCGACGACAGACACAACAUGCCUUACGUGCAGGCUAUGAUCCAUGAAAUCCAGAGGGUAGCCAACACUGUGCCACUGAGUGUCCCCCACUGUACGAUUAAAGACACAGAGCUUAUGGGAUAUUCCAUUCCCAAGGGUACGCUGAUCAUUCCUAACCUGACCUCAGUGCUUAAUGAGGAGGGACAAUGGAAAUUCCCCAAUGAAUUCAACCCUGAAAACUUCCUUAAUGACCAGGGAGAGUUUGUUAAACCAGAGGCCUUCAUGCCUUUCUCAGCAGGUCCUCGUAUGUGUUUGGGAGAGGGUCUGGCUCGUAUGGAGCUCUUCCUCAUCCUGGUGACGCUGCUCAGGAAGUUCAAUUUCAUCUGGCCUGAGGAUGCAGGAAAGCCAGACUACACUCCAGUCUAUGGCGUCACUCUGACUCCCAAACCAUAUCACAUGAACGUCCAACUCAGGCAAACAAAGUAAAGCUGUCUUCAGAUAUACAGCAGAAACAGAGGAGACAUAGAUUGAUAAAAACAGCUUUUAACUACUCGUAACAAAUACAAAAACAACAAAAGAGAGCGUUUUUAGCCAACUGUAAUGGCUGUAAACAAUACAUUACAUUACAUACAUCAAGGUGAGUGAUCACUCUUUUGGAAAACAUUUAAUUUAUCGUAUAGCUGGAGUACUGGACUUUCACAUUUAUAUAAAUGUCCACUACACAAAACGGUUUCACAAAACGCUGUUUAAUCCUACUGCCACUGGGAAAGUAUUUCUCAGUUCACCAGAUUGUUGGUGUCGGGCGUCUGUGACCACAACCCGCAAUGGCGCGUAUAUCUCAGGAACUAUCACAGGGAAACAGACAACAUGUUAAGCUACCUAUCAUGUGGCCUCCACUGGUACCUUGCUGCCUGAGCCCGCAAUCAAUAAUAAUAAUAAUAAUAAUGAUGACUUGGAUUUAUAUAGCGCCUUUCAUAAUACCCAAGGUCACUUCACAAAGUGGGAGGAGGGAGGUAGAGGGAGGGGUGGGGGGUUAGGGAGGAUAGGCAAGAAAGAAGAGGUGUGUUUUGAGGUGCUUUUGGAACUGUGUAUGUGACGUGGCAGAACGGAUAUGAGGGGGCAGAGUGUUCCAGAGGGUAGGGGCAAGUACACAGAAAGCCCUAUCGCCAAAGGUUCUGAGUCUGGUGCGAGGAGUGGAGAGUAAGUCCUUGCUGGUGGAGCGCAGGGACCGUGACUGGGAGUACGGCUGGAGGAGGUCGGUGAUGUACUGGGGUGCCAAUGAGUGAAGUGAUUUGUAGGUGAGGAGGAGGAUUUUGUAUCAGAUCCUUUGUUUGAUUGGCAGCCAAUGGAGUUUCUUGAGGAUGGGGGUGAUGUGCUGCCAGGGCUUGGUGUGCGUUAACACCCUGGCAGCUGAGUUCUGGACAAUCAAACCAAAAUAUUUCCUGGUAACCUGUCCUUACUUACCUCACCUUCGCAAUCAAUCAAACAUACAACUUUUUAUAAUAUAUUACAAAUUAUAAGCUUUCAACAUGCUAACUAAAUACCAUGUUAUCAGUUUGGCGCUAAAAAGGUUCCUAUACAGUAUAUCCUUCUCAUUAGACCCAAGUACUCUGCUGGAAAUGAACGAUCUCAGAAACAGAUGCACAUCUGCAGUUGCCUUUUCUCUUCCUUUGAAACUGUGGCUUGCUUGACAGGCACUCCCUAGAUGUUGCUAAUCGGUUCCAAUCCUGGGAUCCACACCUGCUUCUGAUGACUCUCAGUGUAUGCAAAGGGUUCUCUAUUCUCCUUUUUGCUGUCUUUUCAGCCUCUUGAUCUUUACUUAGGCGCUUUCCCAGCUGACAUAUUCACUGCAGUCGGCAGCUGAAUGCUAGCUAUGACAGCUUACCAUACACAUACUUAAUUAGGCCCAGCAGGGACAAUGACAUCAUCAUUUCGGUGGGAGCACUACAUCGAGCAUAGUCGUUAUUAUGGGAGUUAAACCAAACUUACAGUAGGACCUAAAAAAAAAAUGUAUUUCCUAUAUUUUAACAUUGUAUUUGAAAAGGGACAUUUAUAUUUGCCCUUAACCUUAACCACAUCAUUUAUGAUGAUUAAGGGUGUAUGACUAACCCUUAACGAGAUAGUCUUUUUAACCCAAACCUUGAUGUUUUCCAGAACAAAACAAGUUGUUUCUUUGCCUUAAUCUCCGCCAACCUUUAUAUUACACCGUAUGUGGUUUUUUUAAACAGGAUUUGGUAUAUGUAUACUUACUACCAUUUACCUUUGUAUUCAAAUGUCAUGCUUUGAAAAGUAUACCUGGCACUUCUCAAAAUGACGUACUUUGAUAUGUAUACCUACUACCUAUUCACCUUUGAAUCCACAUUUCUUGUUUGGAUAUGUAAACUUAGCAUUACCUCAAAUCACUUGCUUUUAUAUGUAAUUGAUUUAUAUGAGAUUAAAUGUUGCUGGUCUUUCUGGUAUUUGUUCAAGGUUUUACUCUGAUGUGCAAGAUAAUUCAAAUGUUGUGCUAACAAAAUAAACAGCAAUGUUAACAUCA